GCAACUCUCAUAAACCAUUUUUUUUCACAAUUUUCCUUCAUAAACCUUCCUCAACUGUUCCUCUUCUUUGACUCUUCUAAGCCAAAAAAUCCAUCAAGACUUGAUUUUUCUCUUCUUAAUCUUCUUUAGCCUUGAUUCUUGACUCUUUUUUCUUGCAGAUUUGCUGUUUUUUUUUUUCCAAUUUUUUCUAGCAAGUUCAAAUUUUGCUGGCACUUUGUUCAAUAGAUGUUACUGUAAGACAAAGGGUUGGUUCAGUUAGCCACCUUCAAGGCAAAGGUGAUUAGUUUUCCAACUUCCCAUAUGCAGAGUACUGGAAGUACAGAUACAAAUUGUAGCAGUGACAUGUUGGAGCUUCAUGGAGAUAUUUAAUGUGCUUGGAGUUGAGCUAAAAUGAAGACCACCAAGCCGAUCAAAGCAGAAAAAAAGCUGCAGCCAAACAACACAGAAAAGAAACCAUCAAUUCAGGCUUCUCACGAGGCCCACAAUGACCAGCAGAACCAUACAGCAGACACACCUGUAGCUGAUGCAGGUUCUGUUUCUGCAUCAGGCAAUGAUAACAGAAAAGUUUCACGUGAAGAUAUUGAACUAGUCCAAAACUUGAUUGAAAGGUGCUUGCAAUUGUAUAUGAAUAAGGAUGAAGUGGUGAAAACACUUCUGAAUCGUGCAAGGAUAGAUCCUGGAUUUACAACUCUAGUUUGGCAAAAAUUAGAAGAAGAAAAUGCAGAUUUCUUUCGGGCCUACUACAUUAGGCUUAAACUAAAGAAACAAAUCAUCCUGUUCAAUCAUUUGCUUGAGCAUCAGUAUCAUCUAAUGAAAUAUCCUGUGCCUCCAAAGGUUCCGUUGGCUCCAAUGCAGAAUGGAAUUAGUACCAUGCCAGUCAACAACUUACCAAUGGGAUAUCCCGUCCUGCAGCAACCUUCAGUUCCAGCUGCAGGUCAACCUCAUCUUGAUCCAAUGGGCAUGUCCAGCUGUCAUGUGGUUAAUGGUGUGCCUGCACCAGGAAACUAUCAUCCGAUGAGGAUGAAUUCAGGAAACGAUAUGGUGAUUGACACCAGUGUGUCAGAUGUAGCAGCAGCUGUUCCACCUGGCAAUGCCAUGUCAGAUAUGGCUGUAAGCCCUACAUCAGUAGCUUCCAGCGGCCAUUUUCCCUUUACUGCUUCAGAGAUUUCGGGUAUGGGAGUUGACACCUCAGCCCUUGAUGCUGCUUUUCCAUCUGAUGUAGCGAGCUCAGUAGGAUUACAACUACCACCAGAUAGUGGUGUUGGUAAUUCUAGGGAUUCACUGAGAUCUUUGGCUCAGAUUCCUUGGAAUUUUAGUCUCUCAGAUCUAACAGCAGAUCUGUCGAACUUGGGAGAUCUAGGACCUCUUGGGAACUAUCCUGGUUCUGCAUAUUUGCCUUCUGAUUCAGAUAUUCUACUUGACUCUCCUGAGCAAGAUGAUAUAGUAGAGGAGUUCUUUGUUGAUGCUGAGGCCUCUCCAGAACCAACUUGUCCUCAAUCAGAUGAAGAGAAGCCAUAGUUUCAACUGAGAUAUUAACGUCGCGUUGCAUUUGAAGUUAGAUCAAGUCUGUUGGUAAAAUGAUUAUAUAACUGAUGGAUUGAUGAGCUGAAAACAUUUGAUCUACCCUUUGUUAGGUGUGCUAGAUAUAGUUAUUAAUCUAAUUUAGAAUACUUCAUCUUUGGAUUAUUAUAGUGAUCAGAUCUUUAUUUCAUCAGUAGAAACAGGACAGGAUAUGUUAAAGUGAAAAUAGUCUAUCAGAAAGGAUUUUACUAUCCA